GGAAAAAAAAUCCGAAAGAAGAGAAAAAAAAAUCCCAUCUCAGUCCGCCAUGGACGCGGAGAUGGACCUCCUCGCCGACGACGACGGCGGCGAGGCCGAGAGGCUGGAGGCCGCGGAGGCGCAGGCCGACCUCCUCCGCGAUCGCCUCCGCCUCGCCGUCAUCAGCAUCGCCACCUCCGAAGGAAAGAAGGCGGGGAUGGAGGUCUCCGACCCCGUCGUCGCCUGCAUCGCCGAUCUGGCCUACAAGACCGUAGAGCAGCUGGCUAAGGAUGUUGAGUUGUUUGCACAGCAUGCUGGUCGUAAAUCCAUCAAGAUGGAAGAUGUUAUACUCACAGCACAUAGAAAUGAGCAUCUGAUGGGCCUCCUGCGGACAUUUUCUCAAGAACUGAAGGGUAAGGAGCCUUCCAGCGAGAGGAAGAGAAAGAAAUCUUCGAAGAAGGACGACAACGUGAUGCAAAUCUGAUUUAAGUCAUGAGAUAAAUCUUCUUCCCAUAGAACAAAGUGGUAGGUUCAAGCAGGAAACUCUGCAAGUAACUCAGGCUACCCACUGAUCCUGUAUUUCACACAUUUAGAUGUGGUAUGACACAAUGUUGUCUGUGGAAAGUGGAGAUCCUUCACACCUGUAAAUUCACUGAGGCUGUUGUGUCAAGUAGUAAAUGGCAAAAUUCAGAGUUUGGUUCUUACACGGGAUCAUGUGCUGUCACACUUUCUGAUAAUCCUAUGCCUCCUGCUGAUGUUUGCUCAA